UUAGACAAGGCGUGCCUUGCUGUUUUUCCUCUUCAAAAUGCUGUACAUUGCCAACUCUGAUCUAUUCAAUUAUUGCUUCUCACACAGAAGUAUUGAAAAUGCAAGACUGGGAGGAAGAGGUAAGUGAAAUAUGCUGGAAGUUUCCAAUUUGAAUGAGACAAGUGAAACCGCCAGCGCCUGUUUAUUUACAGGAAGUCACCAGUGCAGCCACAAGCCACACUCCUACUUUUGGUGGCCGUGGAGGGAGAGGGGGAGGAGAAUUCAAGACUUCAUUUGCUUCAGGGAGUAAUGAAGAUGAGAAUGAUGUCGGAUCCUGGAACAGUGGACGAGGACAAGACAUGAGAGGAAGAGGUGGCAGAGGUGGUGGCCGUGGAAGAAGGGUAGGCCAAGGCUGUGGAGGGAGAGGGCGAGGAGAAUUCAAGACUUCAUUUGCUUCAGGAAGUAGUGAAGAUGAGAAUGUUGUCGGAUCCUGGAACAGUGGACGAGGACAAGACAUGAGAGGAAGAGGUGGCAGAGGGGGCGACAGAGAGUUUAAGUAUGGUGGUGGCUUCAGAAGAGGAGCUGCCUUUUAUUUCACAGAAGAUGGAAGGAAUGAAAGUGGAGCUUGCGGUUUCUCUCAGCCUUCUAGAGGUGGUGGCCAUGGAAGAAGGGGAGGCCAAGCUUCUCCCUCUGGACAGAACAAGGAAGUCCCUCCCAUUCAGUCUCCCAGGUGUUUUCAGAGAAAACGAAACUGUUGUCUGCUCUUUUCCGUCAGUGUGAGAGAGGCUGUCAGUAAAAUGGCUGAGCAGCAGCAGCAGGGGUUGUUGCUGGACAGAGAUCAGUUGUGUUGUUCAAUCUGUCUGGACCUCCUCAACCAGCCAGUCGCUCUUCACUGUGGACACAGUUACUGUAGAGACUGUAUAGAGAGCUGCUGGGACAAGGAUGAAGAGAAGGGAGUGUACAGCUGUCCUCAGUGCAGACAGACCUUCAGUCCGAGGCCUGCCCUUGUGAAGAACACCAUGCUGGCUCAGAUUGUGGAGAAUCUGAAGACAACAGGGAACCAGCAGGCCUCUCCCUCUGCAGAUGUGUCCUAUGCUGGCCCCACAGAUGUGGCCUGUGAUUUCUGCACAGGGAGUCGACCCCACAAAGCCCUUAUGACCUGUUCAGUGUGCCUGGCCUCCUACUGCUCCACUCACCUCCAGCCUCACUACACUGUUCCUGUGCUGAAGAAGCACAAGCUGGUCUCUGCCACGGCCCGACUGCAGGAGAAGAUGUGCUCCAGUCAUGACAAGCUGAUGGAGGUGUACUGUCGUACAGACCAGCAGUGUAUCUGCUAUCUGUGCACCAUGGAUGAACAUAAGGGCCACGAUACAGUGUCAGCUGCAGCAGAAAGGGCUGAGAUACAGAAAUGGCUGGAUGUUAGUCGCCAGAAAGCCCAGCAGAGAGUCCAGGAGAGAGAAAAGGAGAUUAAGAAGCUGAGACAGGCUGUGGAGGAUCUGAAGAGCUCUGCACAGACCGCAGUGGAGGACAGUGAGAGGAUCUUCACUGAGCUGGUGGCCUCCAUUGAGAGGAGGCGCAGCGAGGUGAAGGAGCUCAUCAGAGCCCAGGAGAAGACUGCAGUCAGUCAGGCUGAAGAGCUUCUCCUGCAGCUGCAGGAGGAGAUGGAAGAGUGGAGGAGGAGCGAUUCUGAGCUGGAGCAGCUGUCACACACUGACGACCACAUCCAUUUCAUUCAGAAAUUCAAGUCUCUCUCCCUCCCGGCUGGUUCUCUGGACUCACCGAGCAUUGUUGUGCGUCCUCUGCGUUACUUCAGAGAUGUGACUGAUGCUGUGUCUGUCCUCAGAGACAAACUAGACAACAUCAUGACACACACAUGGCCCAGGAUUUCAUCUGCAGCGUCUGCUGUAGAUGUCUUACUGCCACCAGAACCAGAGACCAGAGAACACUGUUUACUGUAUUGUCGUCCUCUCACGCUGGAUGUGAACUCUGCCCAUCAACGUGUCUCCCUGUCAGAGGACAACAGGAAGGUGACGUGGACACCACGAGACUUGAAUUAUCCUCCUCAUUCAGACAGGUUUACUGACUAUAGCCAAGUGCUGUGCAAGGACGGCUUAUCUGGACGCUGUUAUUGGGAGGUGACAUUAAGUGGUGGUGUUGGUAUAGCAGUGUCAUACAAAGACAUCAAGAGAUCAUCAGGUGAAUCAGAAUUUGGUGAUAAUGACAAGUCCUGGAGGUUAAUCUGCUUUGGGGGUCGUUACUGGUUCACACACAAUAGUGUAGAAACAAAGGUGUCAGGUCCUUCCUCCUCCAGAGUAGGAGUGUUCCUGGACCACGAGGCAGGUGUUUUGUCUUUCUACAGCGUCUCUGACACAACGACCCUCCUCCACAAAGUCAACACCACUUUCACUCAGCCUCUCUAUCCUGGACUUGGAGUGUGGGAUGAUGGAGCGGUUGCAGAGGUGAUGAAGGUCUGGUAGGGAAGAUCUCGGUUACGUGUCAGGAUUUGUUCUGCGUUUGAAAUAUAUGAUUGGGAAUAGUUGACGAGUGGAAAGGGCAGAGCUGUCCUCAGAGGAAGACGUGUUUGGUGAACGGGUUUCUUUCACCACUUUCAUUUCUUUGUGUGGUUUUCAAAAGAGUCUCAGUUCUUAUCCAGGGGGACCAAACGGGCGCUAAAAAGCAGCAGCUGAUGGAUGUGGUUUGAUCAAAGUGAGAGUGAAGGAAGGUUAAUUCAGCCCCACACACACAGACUGAUAAAUAAAGGCAGUUUUAAAGCUUUUUGUAGUCUUAGUAAAGAUGCUGGUUGUUAUGGAAGAGCGAGGCGAAGGAAAUCAAACUAGUGAUGAUGGAUAUUGUAACUUCUUCAUCCUGCAGCACAUUGUGUAGUCAGGAUGCUGUUUUCUUUUCAUACUUGUCAGAUAACAGUGUGAAAAUCACAACGUGUGAAAGGAGUACACGUUAAAUGGAUGUUGUUUAGCCACUCACAGCUUGUUUGUUGUUGCUCAGAUCAGCAGAAUGUGUUUCAGACAGACAGGGAGGUAAAAACAUGGUGUGUAAACACCCAGAUGGAAGAUUGUGUGUGGCUGAUGUUUAAUAGAUAGACGCUGAAUGAUAACAUCCACAUCAGAACAGCACAAACCUCGAUGGAUCAGAUGAGGUGUUACAAGACUUCACCCUGCUAUUAGUUUACCCCUUCUCUCUCUUCCUCUCUGGAAUCCCCUUUAGCUUCACAUGUAGGAUUUACUGGACUCACCUUAUGAUUGUGUGUUGUAGAGACAUGUUGAUGAUAUGUGCGACUUUAAGAAUAUACGAGUCAGCUUCCUGUUUAUUGAUGGUUUCUUUGUGGUGUUAAAUAAAGUGGUGUUUUGUUCCUGAUCACCUGUAAAUAAAAGCUAUGUUUUAUUCCGUGUGUGUGUGUCUGUGUCACAGAGAGAGAGACAGAAGUGGUUGUGUCUCACCUGUGUGCAUCCAUGUACAUGUUGUGCAGGUGAACAUGUGUGUAGGUUUGUAUUAGUGGCUUCACUCAUGUGUUAAUAUGUCCCAGUAACAGCAGCACGUCUGCCAUGUUUCCAGUACUGUGGACUGUACUUCCUUAUUAAAUGUACUUUAAUUUCAUGUGCUCACAUCAGUAAAGACGCUGCAUUAGAA